AUUCCCCACCCUAGACCGUUGCUCAAAUUCCCCACUCUAGACUAGAGGCCUCCACUACUUCCUCUCUAUCGUUCGCGUCGCUCAAUCUCGUUGUCAACGAGCCUCCAUUGGUUCCCCUCCCUCAUCUAAGCUCCAAUUUCGCUCUGAAUCCGAGCCCUAGAUAGUAGAAAACUACCCAGUAUGGACAGGGAAUGAAGUUCCAAGCCCACAGCAAAGGCGCCGCUUCUGCCCAGAACGAGGCCAUCGACUGCCGGGAGACUCCAGUGACUCACCCUAGAAACUAUCGAUCUCGCCAAAGACCCCUACUUUAUGCGCAACCACCUCGAAUGCUAUGAGUGUAAGCUUUGCUGGACUCUGGACAACAAUGAGGGGAAUUACUUGGCCCACACUCAGGGGAAGCGCCACCCGACGAAUUUGGCAAAGAGGGCGGCUCGCGAGGCCAAGGAGGCUCCUGCUCGGCCUCAGCCCCAUAAGCACAAAGUCCACAUUCGGAAGAUAGUAUACACAUUUGUGGCUGGGAUGUCAAACCAAGAACGUGCUUUCAGGUUAAAUUGUGGAGAUGACUUUUUUAUUGAAGCAUUUUGUCAAGAUGGAAGGAUUUACUUCACCGUUUCAUUUAACUAGACGUUUUGGAUACUUUGAUAUCACUAGCUAUUCCUCUGUUUUCUUUACUUCUUUUGAAUGUUAAGGUUUUGGUCAUUGUAUGACUUAUGUUGUAGACGUAAUUUUAUU